AUGUCUCAAGUUAUUAGAUAUGUUGAUAAGGAAUGUAAUAUUCGCGAAAGUUUUAUUGAUUUUAUUGAUACUGUAGACAAAACAGGAGAGGGUUUGGCGCAAGUUAUAUUAGAAAAAUUAAAACACGACGGUCUAGAAAUAGAAAACUGCCGCGGUCAGGCCUAUGAUAAUGGGGCGAAUAUGGUCGGUAAAUAUAAAGGUGUCCAAAGUCAUAUUUUAAGUAUUGAAAAGUCUGCUAAAUUUAUGCCGUGUGCUGCUCAUAAAUUGAAUUUGGUUGGUGUUCAUGCUGCAAGUGUUUCAGUAGAAAUGAACGCAAUUUCAUCAAUUCGUAAUCGUGGAAUUGAGUCAAUGAAACAAAAAGCAGCAUCUAUAUGUGUACAUUGCGAUAUCGAUCCCAAAUUUAAAGAAGUCUGUUUGAGAAAAAAGAAACAAUUAAGUGGCGAAUUAGCUUCUGAUGAAACUCUUGAUAAAGAACGUAAGAUUCAACAACAAAUGUUUUUGAUAUGCGAUAGACUAUUAAUGGAACUGCACGAUCGUUUUCUUGCGACCACGGACAUAAUGGAUAUGUUCAAUAUUUUAAGUGACAAAAUUUUAACAAUGACGGACGACGACAUCACUCAGAAAUCAAUUACUCUCGUUAAAGAAUUCCCCAAAGAUUUCGACGCAGAUGAAUUAACCACCCCCAGAUCUCCACUUCCUGAUCAAAGAUUGCACCAGGUCCAGUCCCGAGUUGAAGUGAUUCAAUUCAAUGACUCAAAACUUGGACCACGAGUGCAUGACCCAGAAACAGGUUAUAACGAGCUUGAAAGGGCACGCUGA